AUGAGUGUGAUCAUUCGCCUGCAGAACCUGCCCUUGACGGCGAAUGCGUCCGAUGUGCGCAACUUUUUCCAAGGGCUCGCGAUUCCAGAUGGUGGCGUGCAUAUUGUCGGCGGUGAGCUGGGCGACGCGUUCAUUGCGUUCAGUACCGACGAGGAUGCCCGCCAGGCGAUGUCGCUUAAUGGGCGCCAGAUGAAAGGCGUCACAAUAUCGCUGCUGCUGUCUUCGCGCGCAGAGAUGCAGAAAGUGAUUGAGCAGGCCCGGAAAGCUGCACUGGCCUACAUGCAGCUGAGUCGUGUGGCUCCUACACCCGUCGCCACCCCGAAGGCGGUGGUUUCGCAGCUAACGACGCCAACGACGGGUCAGUCCAACUUUAACGCGAUGGCGGCCCCCAUCAGUGCUGUCGCUGCUGCGGCACUGUCGUCGUUGUCGGCGUCGCUGGCCCACGGCGUACCGUCGGCGGCAGCACAGCACCAGCAGUCAAAGCCUCAACCACCGGUCAUCAGUUUGGCCGGUUUUUUGGGACAAAGUGCACCACGGACCUUGGCGCAAACUAACGAACUCAUCGCACCGUCGGCCGUUGCGAGUCCACUGCUAACGCAAGACUCGUCGUAUCAGGAGAUCCCGGGUCUAUCGUUUCUAUCGGGCACGGUCAGCACUUCCGGCCCCGUCCCCGUUGCUAACAGUGCCGCCAACAGUUCCGGCAUUGCUGGGUGGCUCUCGGCGAUAAAUGAAUACAGAGGCCACCAGCAGCAACCGACACUGGCGCCUGAUGUAGCCAAAAAUGAGUUACCAUGGAACACUGCGGGUGCGUUUGGGUCCGGGCUUCUUGCCACCGGCAUCAACACGACGCCACUGCUGAGCAGCGAUCGUAAUGGGUACGCCACGGGCACGGGCGAAAGCCAGUGGAAAAUGCUGAACAAGCCGCGCCGUAGCCGUUCGCCAUCAGGUCCACGGCGCGAUCAGCAUCGGAGCCGUUCGUCGUCUCGCGACCGCAAUCGCCGCCACAGUCGAUCGUCCUCCCGUGAUCGGGCGUUCAAACGGGACGGUCACAGUCGCUCCUCUUCGCGCGAUCGCCGUUCACGAAGUUCGAGUCGCGACCGCGAUCGGUUUGGUCGUGGCCGGCACCAGCGAAGCCAUUCGCGGUCACGGGAUCGCACUGACAGCCGGGAACAGACGAAUGCUUACGGUGAUCGCACCGAACCCGGGCGCUCCACCCGUAUCCGUGCGUCCCGGUUCAGUGACCGUUACGGGGACUCACGCUCGCCGAACCAGUGGAGUUCUAUGGAGCAGGGCUUUACCGGAAAUGCGGCGACACAGCCAAUGUACGGUGUUGGGGUACCGAACCAACAGAGUGAACCGAUCUUUGGCCUGCACACUUCAACGGCCAUGGACCAGCAGCGCUCACGUUUUCAGGCUCAACAGGGUAGCAGCGUGUUUCCGGCACGCAGUGGCAAAAUAUCGCCACCGGUGCCAUUGUACAAUGGUGCUGCGUUCCGCAGCACUUCUCCGCUUCCGGACAGCGUUUAUCAGAGCAUCAAGAGUCCGACCAGCGAUUAUGCGGUGCGCAUCACGAACCUCGAAACGAGCAUCGGCUACGGUGACAUACGGCGCUUCUUCAAACAGCAGCCAAUCUCGACGCAGGGCAUCAAGAUGAUAAACGAUCUGCACGGUCGGCGGACGGGCAUGGCGUACUUGCAGUUCAUACGCAAGGAGGGCAAACUGGCGGCCCUGCAGCGCGACAAGGCGAUUCUGCGGCGGGCACCCCUGCAUAUAGAAUCGAUCACAGAUCAGGAGUUUGAGCAAGCGAUCGACUCGUACCGCCCGUCCGGGAAUGAUAAACCCUCGCAAAAGUGGGAUGACCAGCGUGGUGGCGGUGGCGAAUCAUUCCGCCGAGGCCGGUUCAGUGGACGGUCCAACGAUAAUAGUGACGUGAUCGAAAUCGAUGAUGAUCACGACGAUCAGCGCAUGCAGCAGCUACAAUCGGGUCAGCGGCAGCGACAACAGCAGCACGGUGGCCGCAAAGCGGGCGAAGGUCACCCACCGACGAGUACGCUGUUGGUAUGGAACCUGCCGACCUUCACCACCGAGCAGGACAUCAUGAAGAUGUUCUCCGACUUCACCGUCGUCGAGGUGCUGAUCGUGAAGAAUCAUCACCUCCCGAAGCAGCUCGACGGGUACGUGCGAUUCCACCGGCAGGAGGACGCCAGGGAAGCCUGGCAGCAGGAGAACCGGCACUACAUCAUCAAUAAGCGAGUGACGGUGCGGCUCUGCCCUGAAAUUGACUACGAGGUGGCGAAGAACGAGUACGAAAAUCCGGUCGCAGAUAACAACGAGCGUGACACGGAUGCACGGUGCGACAGUCAAGUUCAGGAUGCUUCCCAAAGGGAAGCCGCUGGUCGGAGUGCAAGGAUGGGCCUGUUUGGGUCAAACUUCCGCCAGGAUAGCGGGGACAGUCGCGUUGAUCGGGAUGGUGGAUCCCGUGUCGGUAACCCCCCACCGUUCAGCACCGGCCAAGAUGCCGCCAACUCUGCUUCGAACGACAACAAUAGCGACCAGGACAAUAAGUUUUUCAACGAACCAUAUCUAGAGAGCACCGCUCCUUGGCUGUUGGAUAGGAGCAGGAGCUGGGCCGAAGACGAUGAUCAGCAGCAACGCGGAUUGAGGAGUGGCUCGCAGGAUCACAUGGCAUCACCUGGCGAUGGUAUGGUGGCACCGUGGAACGACCCUGAGCUGCGGGCGAACCUAGGAGACUUCCGAGAGGAAUCGCGAAUGAGUGAUGCGAGCGAAACCAGACACAAUUUCCGGGACAAUGAUAAUGAUAACGGUGGCGGCUUCCAGAGCCCCAGCCAGCGCGAUCCACGGCGCCGGGGAUCGGGCGGAAAGAACAGCAGUUCCUCAGCUGGUGGUGCCGGUGUUGGCGGCCCCUGUAAUAAUAGCAACGACAGUAGCGAGCUGUUCCAUCGCACCACCUGUCUGCUGCUGCGGAAUGUCGACUUCAGUGUGACCGAGGAGGACGUGUACGAGUUCUUCGUGCAGGAUGGGUUCCGGCCGAGGAACGUGCUGUUGGUGCGGGACGAAAAUGAGCGCCGGACGGGCGAGUGUUUGGUCGAGUUUGAGUCGCCGAGUGAGGCCGCGCACGCCGAAUCGAAGUCGUCGCACAAUCUCGGCCGCCGGAAGGUGUUCGCCAGCCAUCUCGACCGGGGCCAGGUGGCCGAUCUGAUGCAGAGGUUCGACGCGAUUGCAAAGCACAACGAGGGGCGCACGAAAGGGUCCUCGUCGCGCUGGCAGGAUGGCCCGAGAGGUGGUGGUGGUCGGCGCGACGCCCGGCACGAUAGUCGUGAGAAUAACGGGAGGACACCGGACGAUGAUCGCAGACCUUCGUCACCGUGCACGGUCGGUUUGCUUAAUCUCGCCUACAAAACGACGGUGGAAGACUUGCAGCGGUUUUUCCGUGAUUUUGACCUUCCGCUCGAAAACAUUCGCCGCCGGUACCUGGACAACGGAAAGCCGACCGGUGAAGCGAUGAUUCGGUUUCUGAACCGUCACGACGCGGCACGGGCGGUCGAUGAGUAUCACAAUCGAAGUCUGUUCGGGCGGAACGUGCGAAUGCGGUUGAUCAACGACGAUUGAGAGGAAGUGCCAGCUGCCCAGUGCCGGGUUAGGCCUGAAGGCGCGAUUGUAACGAAAGUUUACGACGUGCGUGGUGCCCGGGAAUGAUGCUAGAAGAAUUGCAGGCUACAAUGGUCAUCGGUUGUUUUUAAAUAGCUGCACAGCUCCUAUGGAGGCGUGCUGGCGUACCGAACAGGUAACCAACUAGUAGAACUAAUGCAAUAAG